UCUAAUGAAAUAAUUAAUUAUUCGAUCAUUAUCAAACAGAAUAGAUUUACGGCUUUUGAGUACGGUGAAGAUCGGGAAUCAUCUACUAUCUCUUUUUAAUAUUUGUAUGCUAAUUAAACCGGAUAACAGGACAUCAAAAAUAGACGAGAAAAAUCUAUAAAAUAAAGCAAAAUGUCCUGGAGUCAAUAUGUAACUAGAUUGACAAAUAUACCUGUUGGUCAAGGAAAAUGUAUCUUUGCUGCUUUUCACAAUUUGAGUGAUGGAAAAUGUUUUGCUCAGGAACCUUCUCGUAGCCCUAACGUGAGUCCGGAAGAAAUAAAAUGCAUCAAAAGAGGGUUCAACUCACCAGGAAUACUUUUUACAUCCGGAGUCACUUUGAAAGGUCUUCGUUUUGUUUACUUGACUAGCAUUGACAAUACAAUUUUAGCGAGAAAACGAAACCUUGGAUGCGUUAUCAUCAAAUGUCCCAAACUCCAUGCUGUGCUCAUCGGAAUCUAUUCUUGUAAUGAAACUGUCAAUAAUGUCUUCAAACAAAUGGCAGAAAUUGUGGAGAGUUGCAAUUAUCCUUCUAUUUAGGCUUAUAUGUCAACAGAUAUAAUAAAAUAAAUUUCUUGAUUUAAACAUUGGAAAGACAAUUGCAAGAAUUCAUGUGUAUGAAAUUGUAAAUUAUUUUCUAUUAUGGACGAUGGGAUAAACAUCAUCACGAAGUUUGUCAGAUGUUAUUUUCUUUCUGAUGACAUUAAAUUCCUCUAGAAAUAUUUCAAUUUAUCGAUUUACUACUAUUAAAAUUAAUAAAAUAAU